UUGGGGGACUUUCCCCCGCCGAUACCUUAUUACCCUUCCUUCCUCUCCUCCUCUCCCUCUUGUUCUGCUCUCCUAUAAUUUUACCAUUUACCACUGCUAGUACUACUCGAGUACUCAGCAUAAAAAAUACUACAAGCCCUUUUGGAUUUUCUCUCUUUCUCUCAACCUUUGAGUCCAGUACUACGCCAAAGUUCACGCUCUCAUUCUCUCUUUUUCUCUUUCCGGCUGUCUCUAUCUCUAUCUCUACGGAUACGUUGAAUUGUUUGUUCACGACAUAGGAGUCUUCCUUUUCUUCCGCUUCGCCUACUUUAUCACCAUCUUUGUAUGCUUGUUUCCUGCCAUUUUUUUGUUUCUUUUUCAUUUUUUUACUAAGUUAGUAGCAGUGAAGGGCGAAAAGUUUGCAACCAAGAAAAAAGAAGAUCCCAUUUGCAUGAUUGUUCUCUAUUUUUAAGCCAUUCCCACCAAAAAAAAGGUCAAGAAAAGGCCACUGAAAACCCAUAGCUAGCUAGCCAUCAUCCAUAUGUAUUUUCUCACGGGACAAGACUAAAAGGGAAGAAAGAUAUAUAGCUGCGCGGUAGGCUGGUUCUUGGAUUUUGCCUUUUUGGUGGUGGCUUCUUGAGAGGAGGAGAAGAGGGCUUUCAACUUUCAACUUUCAAGUCUAGAAAGUUGAUUGAAAAGGGCUUUGCAUUUUGCAAGAUCCAAUAAUAAUCCAAGUUGGUGUGUAUGCUGAUCAAUAUCCUAUCAUAUCAUACCGUAUCAUCACCCCGUCUGUCAACAGAGGAGCCAAACAAAAAGGUGCUGUAGAAGGAAAGAAGGAAAAGGUUUGACCGAAGAAAUCGAGGCACGCAAACCUUCUAGGAAGGAAGAAUAGAAGAGAGAAUUAAGGAAGAGCCCCAUCACCACCAACUUUUAUUCUAUUCUCAGUUCUUUAUCUUUUAUAAUACUACAAGGAUAAGAGGAGAAGAUACCAGAGAAGAAAACACUAGUAAGCUGCUGUACUAAGUUGUAGUCAUGGCAUCAUCCUCCAAUUCACCGUGUGCAGCAUGUAAAUUUCUCCGUCGAAAGUGCCAGCCAGAAUGUGUCUUUGCACCAUAUUUUCCACCGGACCAACCCCAGAAGUUUGCAAAUGUGCACAGAGUUUUUGGAGCCAGCAAUGUAACAAAGUUGCUCAAUGAAUUGCAGCCCCAUCAGCGAGAGGAUGCUGUCAAUUCCCUAGCUUAUGAGGCCGACAUGCGUCUCCGGGACCCUGUUUACGGCUGCGUAGGGGUCAUUUCCCUCCUCCAACACCAGCUCCGCCAGCUUCAGAUGGACCUCAGUUGUGCCAAGUCAGAACUCUCCAAGUAUCAAAGCCUAGGCAUCACCAGUCAUGGCCUAAUCGCGGCAGCGGCUGCUGCAGCCACAGCUACAACUCAUCACCAUCAUCACCCGCAGAAUUUAGGCAUCAACUUCAUCGGUGGAGGUGGAAGUGGCCGCGAGCAGUACUACCAUCAUCAGUUUUUCCCCAGGGAUCAGCAACAAGUGAUCCGGGCUUUUGACGGGGGCAAUAAUUAUGAUGCCAGCAGCCUUCUUGCCAUGAAUGUUUCAGCAAGCAUUGGGCAGCUGAGUCAGUUUCAGCAUCCAAGAGCUGCUGGUGGAGACGGCAGACGAACGCCCAUUGAACCAUCUUAGGGUUUCACAUACUUCUUGGACUGAAAACCCUACCAAAAUCCACCUGUUGUUGGUAAAAGGAGAUGCCCUUACCCAGCUGCCCUAGCUGUUGAUGGGUUCUACUCCUUGUUGCUUUGGAUGUUACAAUAUUGCCUUACCAUAUUGUCAUCAUACUCUGACAAUUAUUAUGCUAAAUUUUUACAAGUUCAAUCCGACUAGAAUUUUGAUGAAAUCCCAUUUUUCUGCAAUAUAUAUGUAUGCGUAAACAACUUAGACCUUA